AUUGAACCCCAAGCAUCCCUUCUUAUCCGUCUCCAAAGACAGAUCUCAGUUGGGACAGCUCAGACUUUGGAGUGCAGAUAUUCAGCUACUGUGAUCUUGAAGAAGCUACUGAUAAUUUUGAUCGUUCUAGAGAAUUGGGAGACGGCGGUUUUGGCACUGUAUACUAUGGUAUGCUACGUGAUGGUCGUGUAGUUGCAGUGAAGCGUCUAUAUGAGAACAAUUUUAAGCGUGUAGAGCAGUUCAGAAAUGAAGUUGAGAUCGUAACUCGAUUAAGGCACCAGAACCUUGUGACACUGUAUGGAUGCACAUCAAAAAGUAGCCGAGACCUAGUGCUAGUCUACGAGUAUAUACCGAAUGGAACAGUGGCUGAUCAUUUGCACGGAAAAAGGGCGAAGUCUGGCUUGCUAUCUUGGCCAAUUCGGUUGAAUAUUGCCAUUGAAACAGCGGAUGCACUAACUUAUCUCCAUAAAUCGGACAUCGUGCAUCGUGAUGUAAAAACCAACAACAUUCUCCUGGACAAUGAUUUCCAUGUAAAAGUUGCUGAUUUUGGGUUGUCCAGAAUAUUCCCGAAUGACGUGACACACGUGUCGACUGCUCCACAAGGGACUCCUGGCUAUGUUGACCCCGAAUACUACCAAUGCUACAAACUCACAGAAAAGAGUGACGUUUAUAGUUUUGGGGUGGUUUUGAUUGAGCUCAUGUCUUCAUUACAAGCUGUGGAUACCAACAGACACCGUCACGAUAUCAACUUAUCCAACAUGGCUAUCAACAAAAUUCAAAAUCGUACGUUGCAUGAUUUGGUUGAUCAGAGUCUCGGAUUUGAGAGGGAUUGUAUUACGAGAAGGAUGAUAACACUUGUUGCAGAGUUGGCUUUUCGGUGUUUGCAGCAGGAAAGGGAUAUGAGGCCUUCAAUGGAAGAAGUACUAGAGACUUUACGAGCAAUUCAGAAUGAAAAGUUGAACACUCACAAGGUCGAGGUUGUAGACAUUUCUGUCGACGAUGAGAUAGCGCUUUUGACCGGCAGCAUUUCCCCGCCUUCACCUAUUUCAGUAUUCACCGAUAAAUAGCAUUUUUGAUUCUGCUUAGAAGUCAUUCUUCUAAAAAGCAAGUUAUAAUCGUACUUUCUAGAAAAGUAAGUUUCAUCGACUUACAUUUGACUUUUGAGUAAAACCAAACAGCUUGCAUUUCUCUAAUUUUAAUUCAUGUAAUCGAAGUAUGCCUUUGAUUUGCUUAUGCUUAAUCUUUUUGUGACGAUGUCUUUUGUUGUGUUGAUAGGUACAAAGUUUUGAAAACCACCUACUAAUUUGUAUUUUGAAGGAAAUGUACAUAUGAAAUGGAGUUGUGUCU